UAAAUGCUAUAAAAAUAUUAAAGAUAUUCACGUUCGCGAAUAAUACAUUAAGUGCCAGUGAAGUGCCAUCAGUAAAGUUAGCUACAAUGAGUAAUGCAAAUUUAAAUGAAAAUUAAUGAGAAAACAGUGUAAUGUACAAAGUACAUGUUAAACAUGCCAAGAAAAUAUUUUUUACACUCAAUUAUCAGAAUGAUACUUGGAGUUUGUAAAGUGUUUUAUUGAAUAUAAAACAACAUGAAAACCAAUAUAGCCUUGAAAGAGUUAGCACAUUAAAAAAAAAGUAAUCUUCAACAAAUAAAUAAUUUUUAAACUGGUUGCAUACAUCACAGCAAUUUCAAAUUGAGAAAAAAUAAUGUGUAACGAAAUGUCUGCUAGGAUGGUUCCUAAUAUAUUAAAAAGAAAUUCAAAAGUGAAUAGAAAAGUUUGUCCUCAACUAAAUGUAACAGAUAGGAACUCAGCUUUUGCGAAUGAGAAUAAAAAUUUCUUUCAAGAAAAUAAUUGUUUGAAGAAAGAAAUUAAACAUAAACGUCUAACGAAUAGAAGGAAACAAGGACUUAGCUUAGUUAAUAUAUGGCAUGAACUUCCUAAUUGGAAUAUUUGCUCUAUUGUUGAUGACAAAGAGAAAAUGUCAAAUAAAAAUCUCUCUACAUCAAUGAAAGAAGAUGUUAGCACAAAUCAGAGAAAAUUAAGACAUUAUACUAAAAAACAGGACAAACAAGAUGAGGUGCCUAUUUAUAAAAUUGAACAACACGAGAACCAAUUUCCACAAUCUCACAAUGUAUCACUAGAUUUUUCUGAUUUUGCUUCAUCUUGUUUGCAAGAAGUAGAAUCUGUAGAUUUACAUAAUUCAAUUGAUUUUUCAAGUAAUGAAAUAUUCAGUCAGUUUAAUUAUGAAUUUUACGGUGAAAGUAAUUCAAAUGACUUAACGGAGAACUAUGAUUCUUUAUCUUCAAUAAAUGAAUCUUUAAUGUCUUCUGAACACUCAAAUAAUGACACCUCACUUUUGGAUGAUAGACAAUUGAACCAGUCUUGUGAUUCUUAUUGUAAUUAUUGUCUUGAAAAUUGCGUUUCCAGUUGGAUAUUAGCUAGUGAGGCAAAUAAUAAUACACUUCAGAAAGACAGAAUGUUAACAGCAACAUAUAAUCAAAAUAAAAUUGAUUCACCUAAUAAUUGCAACUUAAAUACAGACAUGCAUAAUACAUAUUUGAUGAAUGAAACCUUAGGAGGAAAUAACUGCGAGAGAACUACUUUAUUAAUAAAUUACCUUGAUAAUAUUGACCAACCAUUAACAGAAUUAAUAAAUUAUAACAAUGAAUAUGUCAGAGAGGAAGUAUUUAAAGAAACUAUAAGUUUUGAUCAAAGACAAACAUGUGAUAUUUUGACUGACUUUAAUGAUGCUGUGUUUGAAUCUGAUUUUGAUGCAUCUUUAUUCGAAUCUGAAAACCAAGGAACAAAUAAAUAUUCAACAGAUAUACUGCAAGCUGCAGAAGACUUCGGAUAUAGUUUAAGUAAUGAAAAAUUUCAGUGUCCAUUAUGUUCACUAACAUUUUCGAAUGCUCGCACACUGGCAAUGCACGAAGCGGCUGCACAUGGAGGUACGUACGUAAUACUUUGCGAAAGUUGCGGUAGGCUUUUCAAUCGAAAAUAUCAUUUCAAUAGGCAUUUUAUUCAUUGCGGUCGUUUCAAAGAACCGUACAGAUGCGAUAUGUGCAUAAAGGUGUACAGGCACAAGUCAUCUUUGGUUCAUCAUUUAAGAGAGACGCAUCACGUUCAUUAUGCUCAUCAUCAUAAAACCAAAUUCACUUGCAGCGUCUGUAAAAAGGUUUACAGUAAAUUUGGAGCUUUUGAAAAUCACAUUAAAAAGCAUCAGAAUACGUCUGAUAAAUUGUUACAUUAUUCUGAUGAUUUAUGGGGAGGAAGGAGGGGUAGACGUUUAGUGUAAGUAUUAUAGUGUUCCUAUCGUUUUCAAAUCUAAAAUAGCGCAAAUUCAGUAUUGUCGUAUUAUUAUUUUAUCAUCAAACUUUAGUUUUCGUUUAUCUUUAAAUAUUGACUUAAAUGCAAUUCAGUUACCAAAGAUCUUAAGUUCCUAUACUUGCAUUAGCGCAAUACUUUUUUCCUGAUUAUAUUAUUUUUAACAUUAUUUUAAUAUUAUUUGUUAAUUAGUAUAAGAUGAGAAUACUUGUUAGAGAUUAUUUAUGCGUU